UAAAUGUCUCGCUACAUCAAUUUAGUAAAAAUUCAUAUCAUUGUUGAAAGCAAGAUAAGAGUGUUCCAUGCAAACCACUAGAAGAGUUUGAUAUUAAAAUAUACAGAGAAAAACUUAAUGAUAAAUAUGGAAAAUCACCACUUGCAUCCUAGCAUACUCAACCCAUAUCUCCGAAAAAGAAUAGUAAAAUUGGGUAUUCAAUUAAAUUUACAAUAGUAAUCCAAGUUUUGAUUUAUUGCAAACUAAAUUAAAAGAAUUUUCAAAUAAAAAAAGUAUAUCGCCAUUAAAAUAAAAAGUCGAUCAAAAUUCUCCAAAAAGAGUUUCAGGAAUAUAGCAAUAGUAAAUAAUUCCAAAAAUAAAAGGAUUUCUAAGAUAGGCACGUUAAAUUUUACAUUGCCCUCCAAAUAAAUGAGAAUUGGAUCUUUCUCUGAUACUUAAUAGUUCAAUGGUUCGAUUAGUGAAGAUAGAAGAAUAUAUCCAGUGAGAUUUGAGACUGAAGUCUAAGAAAAAUUGGCAUUCUCCCAGAAACCGUAAGAAUUUCUUAUAGUUUUUCAGGAUUACCAAUAUGAUUCCUUUACAUGAGAUUAUGAAUAUGAGAAACAAAUUAGAAAAUGCACAAUUAAAUGUCAAUUAAAUUAGUUCUGCUUAUACAAGUGAAAUGGUUAAAUUGGCCUCUGUUAUUAAUUCCUAAUUGAAAAAGAAAUCAAAAUGA